UUUAAGGUGGUUUUCAGUUUUGUAACACUUUCUCACUCCAUCCUCCUCUUCUCCUCUCUGGUGUUUCCAGCUCCAAGCACCUGGCAAAUCCAAUCCAACCCUAAAAACACGGGAUCGUUCUGCUUUGACUCACCGAGUUGCUUUUUUAGCUCUUCUUCCCAUGGCAUAAGGUAAAUCAAACCCCUUCUUUCUCUUCCUUCACUACCCUCCAAUAUUCACACCAUCAUCCACACCCUGAUUAGUGAUUUUCCCACACCUUUCUUUGUUCACCUUGUUCUUCACUGCAAACCUAGUUCAUCAUUUUUUUUACUUUUGGAUUUUGCUUAUUUUGGAAAAUCUGGGUCCAAGUUGAGCUGAUCAUAACCCCCCCACUUCCAUUUUCUGAUCUGGGUGUCUAAAAAUUCAGAUCUUUAGAGCAAAUUUAAGGUCUUUGUUUGUUUUACAAUUCUGGGUGUGCGUGAAUUGUAAUUCCAUACAAGAAGUGUUUGCAAUUGUAUGAUAGAAAACAAAGCAGGGUUUUUGGGUUUGGUUUUGGUUUUGGGUAAUGAUGACGAGCAUGAAUCGGUACUAUGUUUGUGUUCCAUUGUUUGUGUGCUUGGUAUUGGCUAUUGAACUUGUUGUAGCAGAGGAUUUCCAGCCUACAGAUAAGAUCUUGCUGAAUUGUGGUGGCCCUCCUAGUAGUACUGAUACUGAUGGCCGUGAAUGGACCACGGAUAAUGGUUCCAAGUUUGGUUCCUCCACCGCAAAAUCCGCCACCUCACCGGCGGCGACACAGGACCCUGCCGUCCCUCAGGUGCCCUACAUGACGGCGCGUGUUUUCCACGCACCGUAUACCUAUACUUUUCCUGUGGCUUCUGGCUGGAAGUUCCUCCGACUGCACUUUUACUCCGCUUCUUAUUCCAGCCUCAAUGCAUCGGAUGCGCUGUUUGCUGUGGCAGCGAAUUCCUACACAGUUCUUAGGAACUUCAGUGUUGCUCAGACCACCUUGGCUUUGAAUUAUGCCUACAUUAUGAGGGAAUUUGCCAUCCAUGUGGAAGGGGAGAGCUUGAAUGUGACUUUCACUCCAUCUACCAAUGCCUCGAACGCUUACGCUUUUGUUAAUGGGAUUGAGAUUGUGUCCAUGCCUGAGAUUUAUACUUCCACUGAUGGAACUUUAAUGAUGGUGGGUUCAAAUUCUCCUUUCCCUAUUGAUAACAGCACUGCACUUGAGUGUGUUUAUAGGUUGAAUGUGGGUGGGAAUGAUAUCUCUCCCUCCCAUGAUACUGGUAUGUUUAGGUCAUGGUCUGAUGACAUGCCCUUCCUCUAUGGGGCUGCAUUUGGAGUUACCGAGCCUGCUGAUCCAGAUGUGAAGUUUGAGUAUCCUCCGGGCACGCCAAGUUAUAUUGCUCCACUUGAUGUCUACAGUACGGCCAGAACAAUGGGCCCAAAUCCCGAGAUCAACACGAAUUACAACUUGAGUUGGAUCUUCAACAUUGAUAGUGGGUUUUCCUAUCUUGUGAGACUCCACUUUGCUGAGGUAUCGUCAAAUAUAACCAAAAUUAAUCAAAGAGUAUUUGAUAUAUUCCUCAAUAAUCAAACUGCUAUGCCUCAAGCUGAUGUUAUUGCCUGGGCAAAGGAAUUUGACCUUUCACAUUCAAAUGGGGUUCCAGUGCAUAAAGAUUAUGUUGUAUUUGUUCCUAAUGGAGAACCACGGCAGGACCUGUGGCUUGCAUUGCAUCCGGAUAAAACUGAGAAGCCCAUGUAUUAUGAUGCAAUCUUGAAUGGAGUGGAGAUAUUCAAAAUUAAUGACUCUACAGGUAAUCUGGCAGGGGCAAAUCCUAUUCCUCCUCCUGUGCAAGACAUAAUUGACCCAUCAACGGCUAGAGCAUCUCAUCAUGGUAAAUCAAAGAAUCAUACGGGCAUAAUUGCAGGAGGUGUUGCUGGAGGAGUUGUUUUACUACUUGUGGUUGGGCUAUUUGCUUUUGCUGCAUCCCAUCGUCGUAGGCAAGGAAAGGAUUCUGGUACAAGUGAAGGGCCAUCUGGCUGGCUUCCACUUUCUCUUUAUGGUAAUUCACACUCUGCAGCUUCUGCCAAGACCAACACAACAGGAAGCUAUGCAUCCUCUCUUCCAUCAAACCUUUGUCGUCAUUUCUCAUUUGCUGAAAUCAAGGCUGCCACGAACAACUUUGACGAGGCUUUGCUUCUUGGUGUGGGAGGAUUUGGUAAGGUUUACAAAGGGGAAAUUGAUGGUGGAACAACCAAGGUAGCAAUUAAACGUGGGAAUCCACUAUCUGAGCAGGGGGUGCAUGAGUUCCAAACUGAGAUUGAAAUGCUCUCAAAACUUCGUCACCGCCACCUUGUUUCACUGAUUGGCUACUGUGAAGAAAACACUGAAAUGAUCCUUGUGUAUGACUAUAUGGCCUAUGGAACACUCAGGGAGCAUCUGUACAAGACUCAGAAACCUCCACGCCCAUGGAAGCAAAGGCUUGAGAUAUGCAUUGGAGCUGCUCGGGGUUUACACUAUCUACACACUGGUGCUAAACACACUAUCAUCCACCGUGAUGUGAAGACAACAAACAUUUUACUAGAUGAGAAGUGGGUGGCUAAGGUUUCUGAUUUUGGACUGUCGAAAACUGGUCCAACAUUGGAUAAUACCCAUGUAAGUACUGUGGUAAAGGGUAGUUUUGGGUACUUGGAUCCAGAAUACUUCAGGAGGCAGCAACUGACUGACAAAUCUGAUGUUUACUCGUUUGGUGUGGUUCUCUUUGAGGUAUUGUGCGCUCGACCAGCAUUGAACCCCACCCUUGCUAAGGAGCAAGUGAGUCUGGCUGAGUGGGCAGCUCAUUGCUACCAGAAAGGCAUUCUUGACUCAAUUAUUGAUCCUUAUCUAAAGGGAAAAAUAGCUCCAGAAUGCUUCAAGAAGUUCGCCGAGACUGCGAUGAAGUGCGUGGCUGACCAGGGCAUUGAUAGGCCAUCCAUGGGUGAUGUCUUGUGGAACCUUGAAUUUGCUUUGCAGCUGCAAGAAAGUGCAGAGGAAAGUGGCAACGGUUUUGGUGACAUUCACUGUGAAGAGCCACUGUACACAGAUUCUAAAGGAAAGAAGGACUCUGAUCCGGGUUAUGAUGGCAACGUGACCGACUCCAGAAGCAGUGGCAUUUCAAUGAGCAUUGGAGGUAGAAGCUUGGCUAGUGAAGACUCUGAUGGGCUAACCCCUAGUGCUGUGUUCUCCCAGAUCAUGAAUCCAAAAGGUCGUUAAGGUUAUGCAGUAGUAACAACACUUUCACUACAUACGCGGUCAACCCACUCAAGUUCUGUAGUGCAAUCUGCUUUCACCAAAUUUGAAUGUUACUCGUUAUUCAUUUUCUUAAUAUUGCUAUUCCUUUGUAUGUUGUUUCUAAUUUAUUAUGAUUAUGUAAGUUGUAAUUUGUGACCAUGUUAUAUAAAGAUUGAAGAGCAAACAUGUUGUAACGAGGUUGUUAUCUGAAUUUUUUGAAACCCCUUUCCAUCAAAGAUUGAUAAGAGACGUGAAAGGCAAAUAAUAAGUGUUUCUCUCUCUCUUUUUUUU